UUAAAAUUGAUCAAGAAAAAAGAAUACAUUGUCUAUGUCAAUCAAUUGUCAAACAUUUUCCGAUCUUGCUACACGAGCAAUGAACCGAGUAAUAUGAAGUGAAAUAUAAUUUUGAAUAUAAGAACAGGAAGAUAGCAGCAACUCCAAGCUACCAUGAAUGUUGGGGCGUUUGGAGAAAGGGAGGUAGCUCUCAUUGCAGACGAGCUGAGCAAUGCUGUGGAGUUGACACUCAAUCCCACUGUUGCUCAGGAGGCAAGGAAACAAGCCUAUACAGCCUGUGAGAGUUUCAAAGACAACUCACCAUGGUGUGCCCAGGCUGGCUUGCUCCUAGCCAGUGGCGCCCAUUACUCACCAGUAGUGAAACAUUUUGGUCUGCAACUCAUGGAACACACAGUCAAGUACAGAUGGACUCACAUCAGUCAAGCUGAAAAAUUAUUCAUAAAGGAGAAUGCAAUGAAACUCCUUUACAUGGGAGGCUGGGAGACCGGACACUUGAAUGACGCACUAGCGCGAGUUAUUGUUGAGAUGAUCAAACGAGAAUGGCCGCAGCAAUGGUCGACUUUACUCGCUGAACUUAGUGAUGCUUGCAGCAGGGGCCACCUGCACACACAGAUUGUGUUGCAUGUGUUUCUGAGAUUGGUGGAAGAUGUUGCUACCUUGCAGACAUUAGAACAGCAUCAACGGCGUAAGGACAUCUACCAGGCGCUGACCAGCAACAUGGCGGAGAUAUUCUCCUUCUUCAUGCGGCUCAUCGAGCUGCACGUUCAGGAGUUCAGAGAGAAAACUGCAGCUGGUGAUUAUGCGGCAGCAGCUAGUAACGGCAGGGUUGUGCAGGUGGUGUUGCUAACACUGACAGGGUUUGUAGAGUGGGUGUCCACCAACCACGUGGUGACCAACAACGGCAGACUGCUGGAGAUCCUCUGCAUCUUGCUCAGCGAUGACGCGUUCCAGCUGCCGGCCGCGGAAUGUUUGCUUCAGAUCGUUAACAGGAAAGGCUCUACGAAAGAGCGCAAACCGUUGAUGAUAUUGUUCAGCGAGAACGCUAUCUCGUACAUCCACCGCGCGGCGCUGCAGAGCAUCAGCGUGAUCGAUGAACCACACUACCUGUUCCUGAAGAAACUAUCACAGGUCCUGGCAGGCCUCGCGCAGCAACUCACGUCCCUGUGGAACUGCGCCACCAGCACGGAGAGCUGGCUGCCGCUGCUGCUGGAGAGCACGCUGCUGCUGACGGCGCACCCGUCGCUGACGCUGGCGCACGCCGCCAACUGCGUGUGGCUGGCCUUCCUCAAGCACGAGCAGAUCUCCAAGCUGCCGCACGUGCUGGCCGUGGUGCCGCGCUGGCUGCAAGCUGCCGCGCCCAAGAUACUCAAAGUAACGUAUCCAUCGUCUCGAGUGAACGGCGUCAACGACGCGGUGUCGUACGCGUGUAUGGACUACGACAGCGAACAGGAGUUUGCUAUAUUCUUCAAUCGCUUUAAAGCUGAGAUAUUAGACAGUUUCAGGUACUGCAUGAUCGCCGCGCCGCUGGUGACGUGGUCGUACGUGGAGCAGUGGACGCACACUGCGCUGGACAAGGUGGACUCGUGUCCGCCGCAGCUCGACGUCACGCACCCCUUGCACGUCGAGUGGGAGGCUCUGGCUCAGGUUCUCGACGUAGUGCUGUCUCGCUUGCUGCAAGCGGAGCCGCGGCCCAACGUGGCAGAGGGGCUGCGGCUGCUGCAGCGCUGCGUGGCCAGCGAGCCGCGCGCGCCGCUCAUACUGUCUCUGUUGCUGUCCUUCAUAUCGGCGCUCUUCGUGUUCCUCAGCUGCGCUUACAGCCAACUUGCGGGGCCAGGCGUGGGGUCAGCGGGCGCGGAGCUGUUACCGCGCGUGUUGGACAAGAUCUUCGCGGCGCUGCUGUACGAGGGCACGCCGCCCGAGGACCGCACCUCGCGGAACGUGAAGAACGUGCGCCGCCACGCCGCCGGCCUGCUCGUCAAGCUGAGCUCCAAGUACCCGCUGCUGCUGCUGCCCGUGUUCGGGCGGCUGCACGAGCUGUGCCAGACUGCGCUGGCGCGCUCCGACCUCAGCGCGCUGGAGAGCGUGACGCUGCAGGAGGCGCUGCUGCUCGUCUCCAACCACUUCUGCUGCUACGAGCGCCAGAGCGCGCUUGUCGCACAGGUGCUGGGCGACUGCCGUGCGCGCUGGGCGGCGCUGAGCCCGCACCUGCAGUCGGCGGCGGGGCUGGCGCGGCUGGUGGGGCUGGACGCGCCGCCCGACGACGACGACCUGGAGCGCACGCAGGCGCGCCGCACGCUGCUGCACGCGCUCACGCUCACGCUUGGCGUCGUCAAGCGCACACAAGUGCCCGCUGAUCCGGACAAGGCGUCGCGCGGCGGGUUCAGCGCCGGCGUGACGCCGUCCGGCAACCCGGUGUGGCGCAACCCGUGCGGCGCGCACGUGCUGCCGCUGUUCCCCGCCGCGCUGUCGCUGGCGCGCGCGCUGCACGAGCUGCACGCGCCCGCGGCGGCGGCGCUGCGGCACCCGGCGCACGCGCGCGCGCUGCAGCCGCCGCCCGCCGAGCGCCGCAACCUGCUGGGGCUGCGGGACGACGCGCCGCCCGCGCUCGCGCCCGCGCCGCACGACCGCAUGCAGAACCUGCUGCACACCUUGCACGAGAACGUGUGCGGGCUAGUGGGCGCGGCGGCGGCGUCGCUGGGCCGCGAGCUGUUCAGCGUGCCGGAGCUGGCGGCGGCGCUGGCGGCGGCGCUGCUGGCGGCGCCCGAGCGGCUGCCCGACCACUGGCUGCGGCGCGUGCUGCGCUCGGCGCUGCGCCCGCUGCUGCUGCACUGCCCGCCCGCGCACUACGCAGACGUGGCGCUGCCGCUCGUGCGCCACCUCGCGCCCGUCAUGCUGGUCCACUUGAACGACCGCUGGGAGUACGUGACGUCACUGUACGAGUCUGGCAAGCUGGAGGAGGAGGGCGGCAGUGAGUCUCAGGAGGUGCUCGAGGACAUGCUGGUCAGGCACCUCACCAGGGAACAUCUCGACUUGUUAAAGGUGUCUCUGGUAGAAGGUGGGGUCAGCACAGAGCCGUCCACUGACAUGGACGACGAGACUCCACCAACCAACCCGGGCCGAGCGCCUGAACAAGUGUCGGAGCUGGGGGCUAUUAUACUGGCCGACCCCGUCGCUGGCCCGGCUGUACUACACACUAUCCUUCGCGCACUGACGUGGAACGACUCGACAUCGUCGCUGCGCGCGUGCGCGCUGGCGCUGCCUGCGCUGCGGGCGGCGCUGGGCGCGGGCGAGGCGGGCGGCGCGGCGCUGGGCGCGGGCGAGGCGGCGGGCGCGCUGGCGGCCGUGCUGCACGCGCUGCGGCUGCACGGCCAGCACGAGGCCAACCAGGCGGCGUUGCUGGCGCUCGCUGUGCAGGCGUACGAGGCGCUGCGGCCGCGGUUCCCGAGCGUGGCGGGCGUGCUGCGCGCCAUCCCCGACGUGGACGCGCACGACCUGCAGCGGCUCGACGAGAAGCUGGCCGCGCACUCCGCCAAGCCCGCCAAGAUCGACAAGAGCAAGCGCGACCUCUUCAAGAAGAUCACCUCCAGGUUGAUUGGACGGAACGUGGGCCAGUUAUUCAAGAAGGAGGUGUUCAUACUGGACCUGCCCACCAUGCACGCACCGAAAGACAAGCCACGCAGCGCGCUAGACGCGGCCGAAGGCGCCGGACUAGAGAAACUUUUCAAUGCCAACGCGCCCACAUAGCGGCGGUGAGGCCUACACUAUUAGAUAUUAAAUUAAUUAAUUAAUUAUAUCUUGGUCUGUUAUACUAUUUUUUUCCUAUUUGACUGAUUUGAAAUCUAAGGGUAGCCAGGACUCCUAAUGCUGAUUCCACAUACUUGGCACUGACAAACUCCAAACAUCAAAUGUUUGGCUUGAUACGAUACACGCUCGCAAGAGGUUUUGUGUUGGCUACAUUUGGCUUAAUUAUUUUUGUGAUAUAAUCAAAAAAUAAGUGAUAAAACAAAAAAGUAAGGAAACUAAAAAUAUGGCAUUAAAAUUCAUCUUCAUUGUCAGCAGUGGCGUGCACUUCAUAGAUGCAAAAAUGCAUUAAGCACUGCCUAUCCUAAGGACUCAAUACAAACCUAUGUUGGACCACAGAAUACAUACUCGAACAAGGAAUUUUGACAUUAUUACUAAUAGUGCAUACCCUAGUUAAAAUCCUUAUGCACGCCACUACUAGUGAGUCAUUUUCACAAAAGAAGAGUGUACAUAAUCGACACAAGUGCUUACGACAUAUAAACAUGUCGAAGCGUUGGCGGAAAAUUAUUAUGAUUUUGACAUAAAACCCACUGACUCGAUCAAAUACCGAUUUGACCGAGUUAGUCGAGUCGCGAAAUCCCGAUUUCGGGAUUGCAAGCACAUAACAGUAACUAUCCAAAUGUGGAAACCGAACCCGCGGCCCUGGAUGCAGAAGGCACAACUUAUAGCUUGGCAAGUUCGUUGAUGACACUCCAAUGAUAUGCGGGUGACGGAGGGGAAGGACUGCGCGGGUAUCAAGUCGUGCGCGCGGGGCAUCGCUACCCCCCUCCCGGCACCCGCGGACCAUUUGAGUGUUACGAAAGAAUUUGCCAAACUAUAUAUACUAGAUAGACCACUACGACAUUUUACUGUCAAAAAGGUUGACUUACCUUGGUAAGGCGGAUUCAGUUUACUUCUUGCGCUAAUUUAUAAACAAUCAAGUUAUUUAAAAAAAAUACAAUACGAGUGUGCUGUAGUCCACACGACUGAAAUAAGACUUCUUUAUCUCAAUCUAUAUCUAUCUAUAUAGAAAUAAAGAAAAUGUGUGCGCGCACUUCUCUCUCUUGCUCCGACAGUACAUAUGAAACUGUCUCUCUUUUUAUCUCCACUAACAUCCAUCUCGCUCUCAACGUCCGUUCGCUUCGACCGAUCACGAUAUUCGCAACGCACUCAUAACGUAUUCACCAGCUUCCUCUCCAACAAGCGUGUGUAAAGUAGUUUUACUUCAAAAACAAUUUGUUGAUUGAUCAGAGCGUAAGUAAAGCCUAAGUUAUUAAAAAUAUCGCAUGAGCAGCGACAGAUAUGGCGAGUGAGAGAAGCGAGUGAGGAGCGGAAGGCAUAUUCUUUAUUCAUUACAAAGCGCGUUUACACCCAUAUAUUGCGCGGGUGAUCAUUCGGUUUCGUAGACUGAUAAAGUAAUAGACGAACAAAUGGCAUAUGUCGCAUUCCCACAAAAAAAAGUACAAUGAUAAACGAUUGUCAUAUAAGUAAUAUAUUAUAUGAUUUUAUAAAAAAAAUGCAAAAUAAAUACAGUGUGACGACGUGCACCCUUAACUUGUUGCAAAUUUUAAGUAACCAGUUAGGUUAAAAUAAUAUAUUGAUGAAAAGUGUUAUGUAGUUUGUUGUAAUAUGAAAAUCGAAUAUAUUUGGAUUGACUAUGUAAUGUUAAUCAGUAGUCUAUUUCUUUCUCGGUCUGCGCUGGGUCUAUAUUAUUUAAAUCACAAACUUAUCUGGCCUGGUGAUGGUGUUGCUAUUAUCGCGAUUUUAGUUGGUUUUUUUAAAAUGGCGACCGGCAUUACGUUAGAAUGCGCGCACGAUAAGUUUGCGCGUGGCCAAAUGCGGAACUAAUCAAAAGUGUCUAUCUCUAUUUAUCUCAUGGCGGGUAAAAGAGAUCCAUAACGCUGGCAACUUCUAGUUCUAGUUAUGGCCUCCGAUCAGAUAAGUUUGUAGCACUAUAGGUCCUAAGCUACAUUCGAUAACAUGACAUUAGAAAAUCAAAGUGAUAUUUACGAUGGUAUUGAUAUUAACAAUAGUUUAAAAACUUACUCUAUAACUUCCUUUGUAUAAUAUUAGGCUAGGUAAACAUGCAGUCGUUGAAUAUAAAUAAAAUAGUAUAAUGGAUUAUUAUAAAAAAAAGUGGAACCAUGCGAACGUGAUUUUUUUUAUUUUUAUAUUUAUCUGUAACCAAGAGUAUAUGAAUUUUACGCUUUACCGAGUGUCGGUAAUGCGUAUGACUGAUAAGUAAUAUUAAAUUAAUGGAAUAAAUUAGUUAAUUAAACGAUUUGAUCAUCAAACUUUUUAAUACAAUUUUUUAAUUUGUUUUUUUUUAUGUUAAAACCAUUUCAAAUGUUGCAUCAUGUUUUUACAUUGCCCAAUAAGAAUACACAUAUAGAUAUGUAGAGACAUUUGAAGGCUAUGUAAAAAAAUAUGUGAUUUUUUGUAUAUUACGGAUACAUUUUUGUAUGUAUAUUAGAUUGACCAGAAAUAUAAUAAUUCUAUGUUAUUAUCCUAUGUUGCAUUAAAAAAGGAACUAUUUCUUCUGUUCGCAUAGACUGCUAAAAUUAACUUAUACUCUCAAUUCAAGCUUUUUUUUCAUGUCAGGAAAUAUUUUACCUGACACCUCAAUGACGUCACGUCUCUUAUGUGAAUGACAUAAGCACUAAACUGAUUAAAAAUGUCAGCUUGUAUUGUUUCAUAGGUUGCCGCAUACAGUCAAUAAUAUGGGCUAUAUUAGGGUAAUGUGGAUGAGAGUAAAGGAAGGAGUUAAUACUUGUAGUGGUUUUUAGCUUUGUCCAUAAAGUUUAAUGCCCAAAGAAUGACCACUAGGCUAACUAUGGACCUUAUUAGAAUACUCAAAGUCACACAGCGGGCGAUGGAGCUAUGCUUGGAGGUUCUCUGCGUGAUCGAAUCAAAAGUGAGGAGAUCUGCAGACGAACCAAAGUCACUGACAUAGCUCAGCGAGUCGCGAAGCUGAAGAGGCAACGGGCAGGCCACAUAGUUCGAAGAGCCGAUGGACGUUAGGGUCCCAAGCUGCUGGAAUGGCGACCCCGCACCGAAAAGCGCAAUGUUGGUCGACCCCCCACUAGGUGGAUCGAGGACAUCAAAUGGGUUGCAGGGAGCCGCUGGUUACUGGUUCGAGACCGUUAUGUUUACAAGUCCAUGCAAGAGGCCUAUGUCCAGCAGUAGACUUCCAUCGGCUGAUGAUGACUGCAGUGGUGCGAGUUUUGACAAGUUUAUCUUACAUAGUCGUACCAUCAAUAUUAUUGAGAAUACUUGUACCAUCAAAACUAUUGAGUAUACUGGUACCAUUAAUAUUAUUGUCAAAAAUUAUUGAGUAUAUGCGGGCACCCAUUGUUAAUACCUAAACCCAAUAUUGAAGCUUGCCAGCUAAAAUUAAUUUACCUAUUAAUAUUAUGUAUUACUAUUCAAUUCAUUUAAUGUACUGUUUUAUACUGAUAAAUUGUUUUUAUAUUCAAUUAUUUUUUUUUGUUGUAAUGUAGUAACAGAAAUGUUUAUUUUUUCACCUAUUUGUUUUAUGUCAUUUGUGUGUUAGUUUUAUAAUUUUCUCAAGCUAUGCGAUAUUGAUGAAAUAAACUGUUGUUUUGGCACAAACAAAUGCCUUAAUAAAUAAAUAUUUGGACUAGAGGCGGAUUUACCAGUUGGCUAAGUAGGCUGCAGCCUAGGCCGGCAGUUUACUGACAGAUAAAAUGUAAAAAAUAAAAUUGCGAUCGAAUAGUGUUAAUAUUUGCGUAAAAAAAAGUAGUGUCGUAUUUUAGAGGGGCGGCAAAAAUUUAAUAGCCUAUUGGCGGCAUAUUUGUAAAUCCGCCACUGAUUUGGACAAUACACACAUGUAAUCUGGCAAAAUCGUUGAUAACACUCCCAUGAUAUGCGGGCGAUAGGGGGCAAGACUGCGCUGAUGUGAAAUCGUGACGAAAGUGGGAAGUGACGUGGAUCAGUCGUGGGGUUUUCAUUCAUCGCUACACGCCCUCCGGCCCACACGGAACAUCGGGAGUGUUACGAACGAAGUUGCCAAGCUAUUGCUAUUCAUCUUCAAAAUAAGCGUUAGCUUGUUGUAGCCGACAAAGAGAAGAGUAUAAUUAUUAUGUAUAAUGUAUAAUUGAAAUGUAGUGAAUGGUUUUCGCUUGUCGUAUAACCACAGCUUCGGCUGGUCACGCUCGCGUGGAGUCCUCCGCGGUAUACGCGCUAGCCAUAAACAACUCGCAAUGUAAAACAUUCUUCUGUGAAUAAUCGUUAAUAUUAUGUUAUUAAAUUAUAUUAUAGAGUAAA